AUGGAUCAUCCGCCAUCUCCUAAUCGAGGCCACGCUCAUUUGAUUCAGGAAGGCCACUCACCUUCGUCUCCCCCAGGACCUCCUGCUGGUCACCACAUGGGAAUGCCACCAGAAGCAAUGGGCUCAGGUUACAGAGGCAUGCCACCUGGUUCUUACGGUCAUCCUCCGGGAUAUCCACCGUAUCAGGGUCACAGUGGAGCUCCUCCACAAAGUCCAUACGGAGCAUCGGGACCAUCCCCACAUCAUGGUCACGCUUACACAAGAGGCCAGCCUACACCAGGAGGAUUCCCAGGAGCUUCUUACCCUCCUCCGCAUCAAUCUCCUUCCUAUCCACCCUAUGGAUAUCACCCUGGCGCACCUGUUCCACCGGGAGCUGGUCGUCUUUCUUACUACGGCUACGAAGGAGGUUAUCCCGGACAGCCUGGCCAACCCGGACAGCCUGUUCGUCCUGGUUCUUCUCCGUACCGAAGUCCGCCAACAAUGCCCGGAAGACCAGUGGCUCCCGCUUCGUCUCCCGAAGCUACACAGCAAGCAUCGCCCUACUCAUCUCCUACAUCUAGUCCCCAAGGCUCUGUUCCAAAGGCAAGCCCGGAACGAUCUCCAGAAUCAACUUCCCAAUCGUCAGCCGUCAAAAAGCUAGCGAACAAUACCGAAGUGGAACGUCUACGAGCCGCUGCUGCCCAAGAACUGACUACGGAAGAAGUCCGGCCCAUUGAAACCGACUUUCAUUUCUUUGUCAAGGACAAUUUGGAACAAUACAAGAAACUUGCGGAAGAUCAAGUUCGAAAAUCGACCAACAACGAGAGCGGAGAACUGGAUCCCUUUUUGGUCAAUACCAAUCUCAACAGUCGUCUUUUGGCCGCCUGGGAAAAGGGCACUCAAGAUAACCGCGAUAUCUACCGCAAGAAGGAAGAAGACGAUCGCAUCCGCUUCAUGGCCGAAGAUGAAAUCGCCUCUCGCCACUGUGCAACGCUGACGGCCAGAGGAAAGUCUCCUCGUGAGACUACGCUCAAGAAGAAGGAAGAGCAACGCCAAGAAAGCGAUUCCAAGUCUCCUAAUCGAGAUUCUCCCAUGGCCAAGUCGGUCAUACCAUCUGCAAACGCGGGGCCCUCAUCUCCACGAGCUGCUGCAGCCGACUCAGAACCCCCCAAACGGAGUAGUGACACCGUCGAAGCGACUUCCAUCAAGGAUACCACCUCCGAGGUGUCCACCGGCAUACCCAAAGAACCAGCCGCAACAUCACAGGCGGAAGAUGAAGAAAUGUCUGAGUCUCCUCAGAAAAAGAGUCGAAUUUCCGAAACGACAGAAGCUUCAUAA